AUGGCAGACGAUCCUAAUCAUGUCAUCAAUGCUACACUUGGCUCAGUAUAUAAGCUUAUACUAGCCAUUCCUGGGUCUAAUAUUGCCUUGACAUAUAUCAAAACUGCCUAUCAACACGAUCCUUUCCGUAUAGUGCUCGAGCUGUUUUUGGUUUUUUUUGCUCUCAAAUACAUGCUAUCAAAGAAGUACAAACCUCAUGACAAUGCAGUCAAACUAACAGAAAAAGAAGUCGAUGACCUUGUAGAAGAGUGGCAACCGGAACCACUGGUACCCACCCUCAGCUCUUUUGAUAAAUUCAACCUCAAAAACUCUCAGCAAAUUAAUGGACCUCAGUCAGUCAAGCCAAAGGUGGCUGAUCAUUCAAAACCCCUAAUGAACUUAGCUACUACAAACUACCUGAAUUUAGUUUCGUCAGAACAGAUACGGACUAAAGCCAUUGAAACACUAAAGAACUAUGGUGUAGGCUCAUGUGGUCCACCUGGUUUCUAUGGUACAAUUGAUGUUCACAUGGAUCUUGAACAUGACAUAGCACAGUUUUUGGGUACUGAGCAAGCAAUUAUCUAUGCGCAAGGAUUUUCAACAAUUUCAUCUGUUAUUCCUGCAUUUUCUAAGCGUGGUGAUUUACUGGUAGUUGAUGAAGGGGUCAAUUUUGCUGUCCAGAAAGGUGUCCAGAUCUCUCGAUCAAAUGUGAGGUGGUUUAAGCACAAUGACAUGGAUGACCUUGAACGUGUUCUUGAAGAUAUUCGAACAGAAGAUCACAGAAAGAGAUUGACACGUCGCUUUAUCGUCACGGAAGGUUUAUUCGCAAACCAAGGCGACAUCGCCCCGCUUGAUAAGCUACUUGAUUUGAAGAAAAAAUUCAAAUAUCGUUUAAUUUUGGAUGAAUCUCAAUCAAUUGGUGUAUUGGGUAGCAGAGGCGCUGGCCUGACAGAUCUAUUUAAUGUUCCUGCUACUAGCGUGGAUAUGAUUGUAGGGUCAAUGGCAAAUGCUCUUUGUGCAUCAGGUGGAUUCUGUGCUGGCAAUGAAGAGGUUGUAGAUCACCAGAGACUUGCUGGAAGCGCAUAUUGUUUCUCUGCUUCAAUUCCGGCAAUGCUUGCUGUAUCUGCUUCUCAAGCAAUUUCAAUUAUUCUUAAUCAGCCUUCCUUGCUAGCAGAAUUGAAUGAUCGUGCUCGUUCUUUCCGUGUCGUAUUGGCUAACAAAUCGCUUGAGCCUUUGGUUGAUAUCCAUGUAGGCGAUAUUGAGUCGCCUUCGCCAUUUUUUCAUAUCCGUGCUAAGCUCUCCUUCUUGCGAUCUCGUCUGCGAGAUUAUGAAACGGAGUUUUCUCGAGAAGACGAAGAACAACUCCUGCAGGAUGUUGUUGAUGAAUGUGCCUAUCAAGGCGUAUUGACCACCCGAGCAAAAUAUGUUUACGAUCAAGAACGGGCCUGCCCUAGACCAAGUAUCAAAAUACAUGUCACUAUCGGACUCAGCAAGAAAGAGAAUGAUAAGGCAGCUGGUAUUAUCAAAGCAGCUAUCAUCAAAUCAUUCAAUAAGUGGAAAAAGUAA